AUGAUGCUGUUCAUUUGUGUCCCGCUAAUUUUGGUCGUAACAGUGGCCAUGGCAUCUGAUGAUUGUACUUUUGGCUUAUUCGCAUCCGAGGGCCGCACCGGGUCAAUUUGGCAGACAAGUAACGGUCAGAUUAGGACUGGUGGUGAUCAUUUCCAUUAUCCAUCUCCAUUUAGAAUCAGCGAUGGAGAUAUUAUUGACUCUGCCGGAUAUGGCUGUAUCUUCACUCCUCAAGUUAGACAGUUUCAAUGUGACCAGGGAGUAAGCCCAACAAAUGGGUUUUCAAUAGCUGAGGAUGGUAUUUUAUACUAUGAGCAGAGUCCUAAUUUUUUUGCCUGUCCAACUUCAUAUCAAGAAUGGAACAUUUAUUCUGCUCCUAUUGUCGGACAAUCAAAAUGUGUUAAUAUUACGUUGACUGCUGAUGAUUGCCGCUCUAUUCCAUCCGACACCUCGGAGUUUGAUUCUAAUAUUCCGUCAGAUGAUGUCCCUACUCCGUCAUUUCUUGAUUCAGAGGUCGGUCAAAGCACAUCAAUAUCUACUAAACCUUAUAUAUCUACUCCAAAGUACCAAAAUAAUACGUCGGAGCCAAAUCUAAAACCUCUGGAUUCAAGUGCUAGAAUCAACCUCGAAUCAUCAACCUUAUCCCCUACUACAACCAUGAGUCAUUCCAGUCAGAACUCUACAAGCAUUAAUUUGACAAAAGCUUCAUCUUCUACAUCAAGACCUUCUAGUGAUCAAAGUCAACCAUCAGGCCCCUACUCUCUAGAGCACGGUAUCCUUGAAAAUAUCUUACGUGGCCCGCUACCAAAAUAUAUACCAUCUAUAGACGGAAUGUUUUUGAAUAGCAUCUUGCAAGGAGUCUUCCCAGGACUCGGCGGCUCAUCAUCUAUCGGUCAAACGCAAAAUAAUCCACUCACACAUACUGCCACAAAAACAAAUAUUGCUAGACAAGUUGCAACCAGCAGCAACUUUUUAACUUCAACUCAAGGAAAACUCAGAACUCAUCUCCCUUCUGCCUACGCUACGGUGCCUCAGCUCAUACCUUCGCCGGAUUUAAUUAGACCAUCAUUUCCUACUAUCACAAGAUCUAGCAUCUUCAAGGCUCAUCAAGGCUUUCGGACUAUAGAUCGUAGACGUGUAGGUAUCGUUGAGCAGAACUGA